ACUCUGCUAAUUUCUUAAAACUCAAAUUUCGAUUCACUUGGCAGUCUAGUUCAUCAACGUCUUUUCUUCGUUUCAAGUGAUUUCCAGAUUUCUGUCUCGUCUGUUGAGAUCUCCCUGCGCUAUUCUUCCAUCGAGAAGGUCUUCAGCUACCAGAAGAACAACCCAACACCACAACAAAUCUGGUCUUUAAGACGAUGGCCAGCGAGACGCCUUUAAUUUUAGAUGGAGGUCUCGGCAGCUUACUGUUUUCCAGAGGAGCUUUCGUUAAAGGCGAUCCCCUGUGGUCAGCCCGUUGUUUGACGUCGGCUGAGUCGGAUGGUCGCCGCCAGCUGCGUCAAGCCCACCUGGACUACCUGGCGGCUGGGGCUGACGUCAUUAAGACCAACAGCUACCAAAUGAGCUCGGAUCAUCUCCGGAAGUGUCUGCCCGGACUAACCCAGGAAGAGUCUUUGGAAAUGAUGCGCGAUUCGGUUCGAAUUGCUCGUGAUGCCUGCCGUGACUAUUGGCAAUCCAUCGGAGGCGAAAGCUCUGGUAAAAUAGAACCGAAAGUGGCGGGGUCUAUCGGCCCCUAUGGAGCCUGUCAAGCUGAUUUGUCAGAAUACACUGGCGCCUAUGUCGAUUGCAUGAGCGAAGAAGAUUUCAUCGAAUGGCAUCGGCCACGUUUGAUGGCCUUACUCGAAGCCGGUGUAGAUUAUUUAGCGUUUGAAACAUUCCCUGCCUUGCUAGAAGCUAACGCGAUUCUUCGACUAUUACAACAAGAGGCUCCCCAUAUGCCAGCUUGGAUAUCAUUCUCCUGCAAGGAUGAAAAACAUGUGUGUCACGGAGAAACGUUGGCCAGCGCGUUCGAGCAAAUUUGGACGAAUAAAACGGAGGGUUUGAAAGCUGUUGGAAUUAAUUGCACUCCCGGAAGAUUAAUCAAGCCACUUUUACGGUCUCUUGGUGGCGUUAGCAAUAUCCCUGUGAUUCUUUAUCCUAAUCGAGAGGAGUGCCUUGGUGAAGAGGAUGAACUAAUUCUUGUUUAUCCGAAGCCUGACGACAAGCAAAACUGGAAAGAAGACGAUCUCGGUAAGUUAGCCAAAGAAUGGUUAGUCAUUCAUCCACAUAUUUUUGCAAUCGGAGGAUGUUGUUUCUAUCAUCCGUCAGACAUUCAUAAUCUUAGCCGUGCGUUUGGCAACUAGUUCCCUCGGGUUAUUGUGUAAUUUAAACUAUCUUCUUGUAAUGGCAAGACAUCCCUUAUAUCUCAAAUGUUCUUGUUUGAUUGUAAGAAUUGAUAAUUAAGUGAUUGUGAAAGAUGAUUGCCUAAACAGUUGAAUUCAGUUCAACUACCUUCGACUAUUCUUACGCCGUCUGAAAGUUGUAACACCCUUAACAAUGAAAACAUAAAGCACAUGAGGUUGAAAUUCAAUGUUUAGUUCCGGUAGUAACCAUAUGAUUAGUUUGAAAGCUGUUGGAUUACCUGCCCCGCUUUAACGUUCUUCAGAGGGAUGGAUGAUGAUAUUUCGUUUUUGUUUUUUAAAAUCCUUAUCGAAUGCCCCGAACGACAGAAUGAACUGUCACUCAAACGAAAAAUAAAUCAGAAAACAGUGACGGGCAAAAUUUAAAUUCUGAAAAUUCCUGUUACAUU